AUGUCCCCUCAACCCAGUGGUAUACGGACCUCGGAGGAGUCUGAGGAAGCAUUCAAGUUUGCGUACGACCACUUUACGCCGCUCCUGAUUGUUGAUUCCUUUGUCUUUGGAGUCGCAUCGAUCUCAAUUAUACUUUGGGUCUACUGGACAGCGUAA